AUGUCUUCGAGCAAACGACACGUCUCUCAAUUCUGCUUGCAGCGUCCCGUCACCUUGCCUUACGGUGUCGCCAAAGUAGCCCUGGACCACCUGACGCGAUGUGCUGCACUAGAGAACGCUCCGUAUGGUGUACGUGUCAACUCAAUCAACCCGGGUCGUAUCAAGACGCUCAUUGCGAAAAGACCUGAGCACAGCGUAGAGGAACACAUGGAGCUGAUGGACAAAAUAUCCGGUCCUCUGCAUGCGCUGGGACGAGUGGGCACACCGGACGAAGUUGCCGACUGCAUCGCCUUCCUCGCAUCCGAUGAUGCCGCGUUUGUCACGGGGACCAUUAUGCCCGUCGAUGGGGGCUUAAUCCUUCUGUCCAGCGUCUCGGGUCCCGCUCGAUCGUCGGAUACGCACUAGACUGCGCCAGAAGCCAAUGACAUAACCUUUCCAUGCUGACAAGAUACACUGCAAUAUCUAAGUACACGCUACAUUUUAUAUAAAUAACUCCACUGUCUUGUAAAUCAAUGAAUGUUUGGCGACUCGAGCUCUUCAGAGAAACAAUUUCGCUUCUUCUGAGCUUUGUGAGGCUAAACAGGAACGCAUACACGGCUCUGCAAUACAGUAAAUAUUGGACGAAGAGUUACGCAUGCUAAUGCGAAUUGCUUACAAGCUUCAGGUUUCAUUAUGGAGGACGCACGUCGAACGUGCUGCCUUCGUUCAGCACUUAACUUUUAAGGGCAAAAUAAUGUUAUAUGCAGUCUGCCAUGCGUCCCCUUGAUUACUGUGGCUAAAACAUUGGAUGAAGUUCUUGCUUUCCUUUCUUUGCGUUUCUUUUGCGAAAAUACAUUGUGUCCCUACAGCUUGA